UUGGUGCGUUCCUCACACUGCAAUGCUCUGCAUUGGGUGUGUGAUUAUUCCGUUUAAUAACACGUUGGUUACAGAAUGGGGAUACUCUGAGUUAGGCAUAAUGUUGGAAUACUCUUAAUCUCAAAAGGACAGUGAACAUAUCAUUAAAUGUUAAGGACGACUGGCGCCACAAGAAGUAACUUCCAAGUUGGUUUGACUUUAAAAGGAUGCUCUGCGGUCUAAGCUUAGCUGUCUUCCUUGUCUGGGCCACAUUAAGCGCACACACUACUGGUCAACCCUGCCUAUGUUCAGCCCUCAUGCCUGCUGGUCUGCAGGUCAAUUGCAGCUCUUUAAACCUGGUGGACCUGCUUCAUCUACCGUCAGAAACCACGGAGCUCCAUGUGCAGGACAACCGGCUCACCUCGGUGUCUCCAGGCCUCUUUGACAGACUGGUUGGUGUGAAAAAGGUCUCACUAUCUGGGAAUCCUUUUCAUGAAUGCAGGAUCCAAUACCUGCGGAACUGGUUGCUAAAGAACAGGGCUGUUGUCUCCACGGAGCCCACCUGUGCCAGUCCAAGCUCUGUGGCCCAGAGAGCCAUCGCUGAACUCGAUGAUGACUACUUUUCCGCCUGCAUGGGAAGCUGCACCCAUGGGACUUACAACACUGUGAUGGGAGUGAUGCUUUGCUGCCUCAUUGUUCUGCUUCUGUGGAGCUUGAGACUAGCCAAAAGGUCUACCGUCACUCUGUACAUAUACGAGAGACAUUCGGGAUUCGAGGCCGACUCUCUGCGCUCACUGAAGCCCAAACACAGGAGGAGGAUGCACACCGCACAGUCAGAGGUCAACGUGGAGUCUGUCACUUGUGCAGAGGACCUAGAAAAGCCAGUUAUCAACAUGGAGUUACUGCCACAAGUACUGGAUGCGUUGCACAAGAAGCACAAUAUAAAGAUAAAGGCUACCUAAGUGAAAUACUGCAGUGGAAUUACAAUAACACUACAGGUGGAAAAUAUAGUUGAGGGCAGUAACGUUUUGUAAUAAAGUUGUUUUUAAUGCUAAACUGCUAAAGCCAGGUGUCCUGAGACUUCUUCUGGGUUUCUUACAAUGCAACCCAAUGUUAAUCUGUGAAAUUGUAAUAAUUUAGGCAGAACAUACAUAUUCACUAACAUUAGAAAAUUUAAGAGGCUAUUUUGUCUUCUAAUUGUAUUGGUAAUGUCUAGAUACUCAUCAGUCUAUGUAUGCUAUAUAUUUGUCUUACAAUUGAUCUGUCAGUCCUACAGGACUCUCACAAAAAAAAUGUAAUUUCUAAAUUUAAGACCUUUUGAAAUCCUCAAAAAGCACAAGUGGCUGUUUUAACAUUUAAUAACUAGACUGGAUAUCUUGCAGAUAUCUGUCAUUUAAUUAUUCCUAGUACAAAACAAAAGAUUUCAAAUAUCCAGAAUGAUAUUUUUCCUAUUCAAAAUUGUCAUUUUAGAUAUAUUUUUUAUAUCUCGAAUGAAAAUUCUGGAUAUCUGCAGUGUAAUUGUUACUUGGAAAAACUCCCAUUUCAGAUCUCUUCAAUCCAAUUGCUACUAGUUAUACCUUUAACUAUAGAUAACAAAGAUUAAAAACCAUACCAGAUAUCCAUGAUGUGAUUUUGACUAUCCAAAACAAGUAAAAAUGUCAUUACUGAUAUCCACAGUUGGCAAUAUGAUGACAUCACUACCAUUGUCUGGAAUUAUGGUGAAAUGUAUUUUUAUAACACCUCAAAUAGUCGGAAAUUAGCUUUUUGUUAGGGUAAAAUGUGGGACUUUUAAAAUCUCUUAAUUUAACAGCAAGAAUAUUUGAUUUGUGUCUUUAUGUAGUCACAGAUGUCCUCAACCUAAAUGAAUCAGUCAGUGUCACUUUAAAUGAUAAGGGACACAGGUAACGUGUCUUGUGACUAUAAACCAAUGCAUCUUAUUUCCAUAUAUGCAUGUUUUUGUAUUUGUUAAAACCUUAUUUUGAAAACCGGACGUGGUCAUACGCGUAUUCUUCAGCCAUUUCCGCCUAGUUUUGCUAGCUCCCCUCUAUGCUAGCUCCGGAUCUGAGAAGUUUAAAUCAUGAUUUUAAUGCGUUCCCUGUGAAUAUCAGAAUGUGGGCGCGCUUCAAUUUUGACCGGUUUGACUAAAGAGAUGCAAUUGUCGACUCCAUAUGUCUCCAUAUGUCUUUAUUUGAAACUAUAGCCCACGGUAUCGGUGUGGCACAUGCGCAGUGUAACUGGAGCUGUGGUGUUGUAGGGUGGGUACUGCACACGUGCGCUAGCAGUAAAGAGAUGGUGUACGCUCAGGUGCUCAAAAAAACGAGUCGUAGUAUAGUAUGCCUUUUGAGGAUUUCUGCAUGUUCUGAUAUGCAAGUUUUAUUUUAAAUUCUACAAUUUUUUCCACAGUUUUAGCAAUGAAACCAUACCCAACAGUACACAAGGUUGUAAGGCCGGACUAAUCGGUAUCAUGACUCUUGUAGUCUCAUUUAGCCACUUGUUAAAAACCGCCUUGGAGUCAGAAUUCAUGGUUUAUUUCGUAUUUACUGACUUAUUUUAUAUCUUAGAACAGAAUAUUAAAAUAUCUUAAGCUUGUUUCAGGCAUCAAACCAAAAAAAACAUUUAAAAAAAAAAACCCAUCGACUUCAAGACGAGGGAACAGGAAGUGCAAAGUUGAUAACUCAUUUCCAGGUGUUAGGACACUUUACUGCAGCACUCUAUUAUUGUGCCUCCGCCUACACUGCCAACAAAAAUACGUCAUUAUGUUGACUGACGGAGAAGUCUAUUAGAGUGAUCAAUACCAUGGCCAUCUCUGAUAAGUGGUGGAUCAUUUUUCAUAACAAAACAAAAAACAAAGUUUGCAGAACAUGUGUAAUAAUUAUUCCUUAUAUUUUCUGACGUUCAGUUAUUUACAAUGAAAAAAAAUACCACAAAUGAUCAAAUAUAUGGAGCGAUAAA